AUGUCUGGGAAGGAUAUGCGACUGUUUGUGCUUUGGCCGCAAACUCACCUGAUCCAUGUGUGGCAGCCAGCAGAGCGGGGCUGGUGUGCACGCCUCAAGAGUGCCAGCUGGCAGAAAUUCAGCAGCCAGGGAGGCAGACCAUCUAGCCUCCUCCUUCCCCACAGUGAGCACCAAGACACACCACUGCCUGCUAUCUACCCAUCAGCCAAGUUGCAACAGACUUGUGCCACCUGCUACAGCUAUAGCUUGACCAUGUGCUAUAGGCAUCAGGGGCUCCACGUUGCUUCAGUCAGCAUUGAGCAGAUGCCUUGCAUAAGCCUUAGCCUCCAUCUCAAGGUAAAGCCUGACUUGCUGCAUGUCCUCAGCAUCAGCUCCAAGCUCCUUAGCGUUUCUCAACAGCCCCUCAGCCUUUCCAGGAAGGUUCAGCCCCUUAGCCCAAGGACACUGGCCUACAGACUGGUGGUAGACACGCAGGCUGUAGGAGGUUGGCUCUGUUUCUGCAGUUCAUUUAGUCUGCCGAGCAACUUCUGUGCUAUUCCCCAGCCUCAGAGCCUGAGUGAGAUAGUGGUGGCCAGAAUUUACUUCCAUGUUGAUGGAAAGAGGUCUGAAGAAUUGAUGGGAGAAUUACAUCUACUCAGUGGUACCCUGAGCCUAACUGCAGGCAGAGCGACUCCCACCCAUGUCUACCUUCAACCAGGGAAGACCGACAGCAGCACUUGCAUUUUCAGGUACAACCACGGAAUGUUUUACACAACCAAAGAGAACAGUAGCCCUGUUUCCACAGACGGCCCUUACGCACAUGCUGUGCUCUACCAACACAAGUUAUUCUCCAUAGAGUUUGUGGCCUUCCAGCGGUACAAAUUCAGUAUGUAUCUUUACAUGAAUCAGAAGAAGACUUUGUUUAGGUCUCUGGCAGAAAGAGACCUUGAAAAAGACCACCUUCUCCAGAACAGCACGGACACGUACAACAAUCAUGGAAGAAAUGCCAAACGGUUUGUCCGUCGCUCUGCUUUACCCUUUGAUGCAGAGAAAUACACGGGGUUUGUGGCAAAGGUGAACGGUACCAGAACUGCACCUACACCAGCUCCUUUAAGAGUCAGAGUCAACAGCUAUGCUGCAAAAACAAUAAAAGCACCAGUGUCUUCCCAGAAAGAAGCCUGUUACAUAGACACAGUGCAGAUUCAGAAACCUGUUCUUCAUACAUCUGUCUUGCGCCAGAAAAGGAGCACAUCUUUUUACCUCUUUGUCAGAUUGCUAGUAGAUUGUAACGUUGGUAUAUCUAUCAAGCCCCUAUGGCGAAUCUAUCCUGUUCAGGACACAACAACUAUUCCAGACUGGACAAAACCACUAAACUCUUCCUUGAUGCAUGGCAUAGAAAUGAUACACUUAACUGUUCCCAGUUUUACUUUAGAUUACGGGUUGUAUCUCUUUUAUUUCACUGUUGCAAUAACCCCAGUUAGGACCACAACAGUUCUCAGAGGCUCAGAUAAAGUUUAUGUUCAGAUCGAAAGCACUGAUCUAGUGGCAAAUAUUGCAGGAGGUACGUUCCGCACAGUAGGAUUUUCUGAUAAUUGGACUCUUGAUGGUUCCGCAUCCCAUGAUCCUGAUUCACAGGAAGGACUACAGGGAAUCACAUUUACUUGGUACUGCACUAAAGAGGUGUCAGACUAUAAAAUCAUGAAAGUCAGCCCGGGAAAAAGCUGCCAUCCAUCCCAGAGGGAUUUGAAAUGGUUAACAUCCUCAGGUCCAGUUCAAGCAAUGCCACCAGAAUCCCUCCCAGGAAAUGCUUUAUACUACUUCCGUCUAGUGAUUCAAAAGGAUGGAAGGAAGAGUUAUGCUGACCAAACUGUAGAUGUGCAGCCUGGCUCCCCGCUCCUUCUGGAUGUGGCAUGCCUGGAAAACUGUGGUAGCACCCUAAUUCCAACAGAGAGAUUUACCUUGGCUGGAAAAUGCCUGAACUGUAGAAGAAAUAGCCAGCCAGUCUACUACUGGUCCCUUUUUUUAGAAAACUCUACAGAAAUUAGCUUUGACUGGUCUUCCGGAACCUCAACAGGGAGGUCUGGGGCUUACCUGUCUAUACGGGCUCUGACUUUUACAAAGACUGCACAUCGACUCUACGUACUUCUAUUCAAAGUAACUACUUGGGAUGGUAGGUCCUCAGUCUACAGACAUGCAUUUAAGGUAAAUUCUCCUCCUAGGGCUGGCAAGUGUACCAUCAACCCACACCAGGGCACAGCCUUUCUGACAAAAUUUGUUGUUCAGUGCAGUGGAUUUUCUGACAGCGAUUUACCUCUGACAUAUAAAGUGAUAGUAGCUUCCGAUGUACCCAAAACUACCAAAAUAACUUCUGUGGCAGAAAAUACAUUUGGCACAAUUCUGUACUUUGGUUAUCAGCCUAAAACUCCUCCAUCUCUUCUCCCAGUUGGAGUGCCCUCUCAGAAGUACACCUUGACACUUUGUGUUCAAGUCUGUGAUUCCCUUGGGGCAUUUACCCAAGUGAGUUUAUAUGUCCGUGUGCGGAACCCAAUUAACAGUCGACCACUAGCUGUUGUAUAUCAUGAACUGCUGGCCUCAGUAAGCGGUUUAAGUGCACCGAUGACAUCUUAUCUCCAGACUGGAGAUUAUAUUAGAGCAGGUUAUUUGGCUUAUCUGGUAGCCUCAGUCUUAAACUAUAUUAAAGCAGCACCAGCUCGCCACCUCCCUAAGGCUCAGUUUCGGGAAAACCUGGUUAAAACAGCCCUGAAUAUUUCAGUUGAGAGCACAAUGGAAAUCAACCAAGUAGUUGCUUCUCUUUCUCAAGCCACAAAGGAAGCUGAGGAAGUGAAUAUUAGAUCACAAGAUCUUGCCAUUAGGAAACUGACAGAGGUGACGGGAGUGCUGAAGAUACAGAGGAAUGAGAGCCGUUGGUCUGAGGAGGCAGAAAUUCAGACCAGUGGAAUACUAAGAUGCUUGUCCAACAUCCUGAGAGCUGCUCUUCUGCAUUGCAGGAACGUCAACGUAAAUGGAGUUAAACAAGCCUUCUCCAUCAUGGAAAAUUUAAUGGACAUAGUUUUCCAGGGCAAAGUCCCUGGAGAAACAGAGACUCGAAUGGAAACAAAACACUGGAACAUCACGCUGAAGAAAGAGGAAACCUGGAACAUUGCAAAUGCUUUCUCUACCAGCAACACCUGCAGGAAUUGCUUUUAUCUAUCACUGAGAAAGGGAAAUUAUUCGGGAUUGCCGCAUGAUGCCGUGAUAUCCACUGCUCUUUUUGAGUUCGACGAGAACCCUUUCCCUUGGUUAGGUCACACAUCAGAAAUCAAAACAAUGGUCUUGGGGUUUAAAAUGGCAGAGAGCAAGGCUAAUGGAGAUCUACUGGGGAUCACGCCUGAAGGAGCAGAAAUUACUGUUGCUAGGAAAGAGAAGGAAACUUCAACUUUUCAGUUAGCAAUGGGACCCGAUAAAACACAAACUUACACAACUGGAGGAUUUAGUUUUGAAGUCAACAGAAACACUAAGAGCAUAUACAUCCAGAUCCUGACAAAAUUACAAGUUACUUUCAAGGUGCUAGUAUUUACAGGCACCAGCGUCACUCACGCUCAUCCCACAGCCUCGUUUGCUGCUUUUCACAACAUGCCAACAGUGGCAAGUGAAAAUGAGACCGCUAGCACUGACUGUAACAUUAAGGCUCCCUAUAUGAUCUGUCUUCCAGAGUCACUGUUGACAACCACAGCUCAAGGAAGCGGUACAGACCCUCACAACAUCUCCGUUGUCUUGCUGACAUCGUAUGUUGUAAGGUAUCGAACGCAGAGGCUGGUGAGCAUACAUGUUUUUAGUGAUCAGUGCUUAUUUCUGGACGGGGUUCAAAGUCUGUGGAGAGAAGACGUGUGCAGGCUUGGCUCCUUGACUGACUGGCAGAGGGUACACUGUGUCUGCAAAAUGAAGCAGAGUCGCAGAAGUCUGACAGUUCACGCUGCGUCAAAGGCGUCCACAUAUGACAUCAGGUUCCUGGCAGCCAAAGUAAUAGCUACGCCCAACGCAAUAGAUCUGGGAAAAAUCCUGAUAGCAGAUAUACCUCAAAACCCAGUCACAUUAUUAACGGUGCUCUUCAUUUUUGCCGUCUAUUUUCUUUUGUGCCUCUGGGCCGUGAGAAAAGACAGGGCUGAGAGGGACAGGAAAGACAAGAUUAUCGUUCUGCCGGACAACGACCCCUUUGAUAAGGGCAGAUAUUUAGUCACUUUAUACACAGGCAGUCACUGGGAAGCUGGAACCACAGCAGAUGUCUUUCUUCAGCUCAUCAGCCAGAAUGGCAGGAGUGAUGUCCAUUGUUUACGGCACCCACAUUUUCCAUCUUUCCAACGAGGAAGCACCGAUUGCUUUCUGUUGACUACUAAGAAAGACUUGGGAGACAUUUCUUCCUUCAGGGUCUGGCAUAAUAACAAGGGCCCAUCCCCAAGCUGGUUCUUAAGCAGAGCCAAAGUUGAGGAUAUGUCCACCAGGAAGACCUGGUUCUUCAUGUGCCGGAAAUGGCUCUCUCUUGACAAGAGUGAUCAUGUACUAGAAAGGACAUUUGCCGUCACAGACCCCAAGACACCUCUGCUCAGAAUCGACUAUUUUUCUAUUCAUUUUGCCAACAGCCUGAAAGAGGGCCAUCUGUGGAUCUCCAUUUUUUCUGCCGUUGCCAGUGACACUUUCAGCAGGCUCCAACGUCUGUCUGCCUGUUUAGCAGUAUUAUUAUCGAACUUGCUUGUUGGCAUUAUGUUCUUUAAUGCUGACAAGGAUGAAGAAUCUCCAAUAUACCUGCAGUAUUUGAAAGCAAUAACAGUAGGAAUUGAAUGUGUUUUGAUUACCAAACCUGUGGAAAUUAUUAUAAUUGCCUUACUGAAGUAUUCCCAGAAGAAAGCUUCUCCUCGUGGUGUGGCUCAGACGGAACCAAAGGCAAAUUCACCCCUCCUGUCUGGAAAUCUGAAGAACUCGGAGGAAAGUUUGCAAAAAUUGUACCUUCCAGAAACUUCGGCACAACUGACGAAUAUUCAUCUGCUGGAAAACCUUCCUGGUCCCAGGAACUCACAGAGCCUGUCAUGUUCCGGAAAGACAAGAAGCGAGGGAGAUCCCCCAAAGUGGAGUAAUCGCACAGUUUCUGAAAGAGACGCAAAUGGAAUUGGAACAGAGGAGCAGACAAGAACCACAAAUUCCCCUCCAAUGGCUAAGGCCUGCCAGAGGAGGCCACCAUCAGAGUCCAAUUUUAGUAAUAAUUACACAGAAGAAGGGGGCAACUUUCAGAAAGAAAGCAAGCCACUAAGCAGUGCCUUCAUGCUCUUUCGCAAGAGACCACGCAUAGCUUUUUGUUGGUGGUGCAACUAUGUCUUGUGCGCACUACUUACAGCUAUAAGUGGGCUAUCAUCGUUUUUCAUUGUGUCCUAUGGUUUGUCUUACGGCUAUCAGACCUCACUAGAGUGGCUUUUAGCAUCUGCAAUCUCCUAUAUUGAGACCGUUUUCCUUGCAAUUCUAAAAAUAUUCUUUUUCUCAGCUAUGAGUACAAUUCAUCCAAAAUACUGUGAAAACAUCGCAUGGUUAACUCAUGAAAAGUGUUAUGAGAAGAAGCUGGCUACAGAAAUGAUGAAGGCUGAUGAGAUGAGAGAGAAGCACCGGAAACUUGCUAAACUCAGAGGCAGCAAGCAGUAUAAACCUUUAGAUGCUGAUGAAAUUGCAAACAUGCUGAAAAGGGCAAAAAUUAAAGGCAAGGCAUUUACUUUUGCCAAAAGUUUCAUCAGUCAUCUUGCCUUUUUAACACUGCUGUUAAAUUUUGCCUAUUCCACUGAGAACGCCAACAGUUUCCACUACAACCAGUUCAUCCAUAACCAAUUCUCUCCAUGA